ACACUCAAUCCUAAAAAUCAUGACUUCUCCUCCAAAAUAUUUACAAAAGGAUAACCUAAGCGAAGAGUGCAAGAAAUUGCUCUCUUUCCUACCAAAAGAAAAGGGAUGGGUUGGACCAUAUAUCUACAAUUAUCAAGGUUUUUGGUUACCACCAAAUUUUCUUCAGCGUGUGAUUUCUUUUCAACAACAAUUUCAAGCUCAAGAUAGUGAUAUCAUUCUUGUUACAAUUCCAAAAUCAGGAACUACUUGGUUAAAGUCACUUCUAUUCGCUCUGGUGAACCGAGUUAAGCAUCCUAUUUUUGAAUCUAAUCACCCUUUACUUGUUAAGAACCCUCAUGUUCUAGUUCCAUUCUUGGAGCAUACACUCUAUAUUGAUGGUCCAGUCCCUAAUUUUUUAACCUUCACUUCACCUAGACUCUUGGCAACUCAUGUGCCCUUUACUUCUUUGCCAAAAGCAGUUCAGGAUUCAAAAACCAAACUUGUUUACUUGUGCAGAAAUCCUAGGGACACUUUUAUUUCUAUGUGGCAUUUUGCAAACAAUUUAAUAGUUCAUCAAGAAGAUACCAAGUCUAUUGAAGAAAUGUUUGAUCUUUUUUGUGAGGGGGCAAGCCUUUAUGGUCCGUUUUGGAAUCACGUGUUGGAUUAUUGGAAACAAAGCAUAGAAAACCCUCAAAAAGUAAUUUUUUUAAUGUACGAAGAAAUUAAAAAGAAACCAAAAAUUGAACUUAAACGCUUGGCUGAAUUUUUGGAAUGUCCCUUUUCCAUAGAGGAAGAAAAUUCUGGAGUAGUGGAUGAUAUAUUAAAAAUGUGUAGCUUUGAGAAUUUGAGAAAUUUGGAGGUGAAUAGCAAUGGAAAGUUACCAACUGGAGAGGAAUAUAAAAUUUUCUUUCGUAGAGGAGAAGUUGGAGAUUGGAAGAAUUACUUUACUAUAGAGAUGAGUGAUAAACUCAAUCAUAUCAUUGAAGAAAAGCUUCAAGGAUCUGGAUUAAACUUUUUAUAUGUUUGAUGAGGCAUAAAUAUUCUAUAAUUUCAAUUAUAAUGCAAUUAUUUAUUUUGAGUUGAAGUAGUUGUAUUUGAAAGUAAUGUAACAAAGAACAAACAACAGAAUUUCUAUUGUUGUAA